GAAAAAAAUGGUCAUAUUUUUAGAAAGAUGAUUUGAUAGAAAAUAUAUUAUUGGUCUCUGUAAACAGAAGAGAAGAGAGACGAAAAACAGAGAGAUUAACAGAACAAAAGGCACUGAUCUUUCCCAGUUUUCUGACCCACAAUUCCUCUGCCUUUUCUCAAACGCAAAACUUCCUUCUUUUCUACCACCUCAAUAUCUCGGAAAUUGCAACUUUUACCCAUAAUUCCUUUCUCUUUUUUUAUAUUAGCUUGUGUUUCUCUGUGCCACUUGCAGAACCAAGUUGAUUAGCCAGUGAGUUGGCUUUAGUUGGUUAAUAUUUUGGAGGGGUUCUAAUGGGUAACUGUUUAGAUUCUUCUGCAAAAGUUGAUGCAGCUCAGAGUUCUAGAGGCAAUUCUGUUUCAGCAAUCUCAAAAACUCCACCCUCUACCUUAUCAAUUCCAUCACACAGUGAAAAAAGCAAUGCUUCAACUCUUCCCACGCCAAGGUCCGAGGGUGAAAUCUUGUCUUCGCCAAAUCUUAAGGCCUUCACAUUCAAUGAUCUCAAGAAUGCCACCCGAAAUUUUCGUCCGGACAGCCUUCUCGGGGAAGGUGGAUUCGGCUAUGUUUACAAAGGAUGGAUCGACCAACACACGUUCGUGGCUUCCAAACCCGGAUCAGGAAUGGUUGUUGCUGUAAAGAAGCUUAAGCCUGAAAGUUUUCAGGGUCAUAGGGAGUGGCUGACUGAGGUUAACUACCUUGGACAACUGCACCAUCCUAAUCUUGUUAAAUUGAUUGGGUACUGCUUGGAAGGAGAGAACCGGCUAUUGGUCUAUGAGUUUAUGCCGAAAGGGAGCUUAGAGAAUCAUCUAUUUAGAAGAGGACCACAACCACUGUCUUGGGCAGUGAGGAUGAAGGUGGCCAUUGGUGCUGCCAGAGGACUCACUUUUCUUCACAACGCCAAAUCACAAGUCAUAUACCGUGAUUUUAAAGCUUCUAACAUCCUGCUGGAUGCGGAGUUCAAUGCUAAACUUUCUGAUUUCGGCCUGGCCAAGGCGGGUCCAACCGGUGAUAGAACUCAUGUAUCUACACAAGUCAUGGGAACUCAAGGAUACGCGGCACCUGAAUAUGUAGCAACUGGUCGGCUAACGGCGAAAAGUGAUGUAUAUAGCUUUGGGGUUGUGAUGUUGGAACUCUUGUCCGGGAGACGCGCGGUUGAUAAAACAAUAUCCGGUAUGGAGCAGAAUCUGGUAGACUGGGCAAAACCAUAUUUGGGCGAUAAAAGAAGGUUGUUUCGGAUUAUGGAUACCAAAUUGGAGGGACAAUACCCACAGAAGGCAGCCUUCAUGGCUGCUACGCUUGCCCUUCAGUGCCUUAACAGUGAAGCCAAGGCAAGGCCUGCCAUGACAGAGGUUUUAGCAACCCUUGAACAGAUAGACUCCCCCAAAACUGCAGGCCGCCAUUCCCACUCGGAACAUCUGAGAGUCCACACUCCCGUGAGGAGGUCUCCAGCACGAAACCGGUCCCCUUUACAUCUGACUCCUGCUGCAUCUCCACUGCCAUCUCACCGGCAAUCUCUUCGAGUGCACUAAGAACCCUUGUAACAUGUCUAUGUAAAUUCCUUCUUUUUUGUUUGUCAGGUUAUGUUUUUUAGGAAAAGUGCAAGGAUAUUUGUUGAGGCAUGUAUCAAUAACAAAAUUUAAAAAAAAAAUGAAAUUUUGGGUUAUUUCAUCAA